AUGGGCCUCGCUGUCCUUCCGCCAGACUUCGAGGAGGAAGUGGUGCACCCCGUCAGUCGCAAAUAUGACGACUACCAGGACGACAGCGACACGUCGAUGGACGAUGCGAACGGCCGCCCUUCGAAGCGGUUUCGAUUAAGCCAGCCCGCGGCAAGUCAGAUAGUGCUCCCUGGGGAGACGAUCACAGACGACACUCAGUGGAUGAGAGGGCACGGAACCUAUAUGACCGACUCAUCAACCACUAUCAUUGCCACGCUCGCAGGUAUCCUGAAGACCACCAACAAGCUAUUGUCCGUUGCCCCUUUGCGAGCAAGAUACACUCCUGAGAUAGGAGAUUUGGUGGUUGGGCGGAUCGUGGAGGUACAAAAGAAUCGAUGGAAGGUGGAUGUUGCCGCCCCGCUACUGGCGCAGUUGCCUCUCUCGUCCAUCAAUCUUCCAGGAGGUGUUCUGAGGCGGCGGACCACGGCAGAUGAACUUCAAAUGCGAAAUUAUUUCCAGGAGGGCGAUCUGGUUGUCGCCGAAGUCCAACAGGUUGGAAGCAGCGAUAACACCGCCAGCUUGCAUACCAGAAGUCUGAAGUACGGCAAGCUACGCAAUGGGACCUUCCUGGCGGUGUCUGGGACUGGCGGUGGAGGUGGCGUGGUCCGCAGUCGGAGACAGGUGUUCACGAUCAACAGCGGAGCCCAGAGUGGCGGAGACGUCGACGUCAUCCUCGGGGUCAAUGGAUACAUCUGGCUGAGCAAGCAUGUACAGCAGGCGGACGACCAGGGAAGAAUGAGCGGAGGGGUCAGCAUAUCGAAUCUCGACGAUGUGGUCAGCACUGCCAUCUACUCGAGCCAGAACGACGACAUAGGAGAGGGAACGAGACGAGAGAUUGCCCGGAUCUCCGAGUGUAUCAAGAUCCUGGCGGAGGAUGGGGUGAGAGUGGACGAGGACACUGUCAUCAAAGCUUAUGAGGCUGCUGUUGACGCCGAGAUGAGUGUUGCAGAUCAGGCUGGAACCGGUACCAGGGUCAGUGAAGAAGUGCGAAGACGAAUCGUCGACGCUGCAAUCCAUUGA